AUGAGCCGAAAAGAGAGCAAAACUGUCAGAUUCAUUAAAGCCCCCGUUAGGGUUUUGUCCAAAGCAAGAGAGUUUUACAUCAAAAGCAUGUUGCGUUGUGCCGGAGAAUUUACUUAUGCAAGUGCCAUGGGUUGUCCAGCUCCACAAUCCACGAGUUUGCCUAGAAGUUUCAGUACGAACUCAUCAGUGUCAAGCUCCUAUGAAGACUUCCGGGAGCUUAUUAGGGCUUCUUCUACCCGGAGCCUUACCGGAAAAACUGAGGUAGAGAUUCUCCAGUCAAAACUAUCACCUGGUGUUAAGGUUGUGCCUCGUUCCCAGACAGUUACUAUUGGAAGGAUUGAUGAAGACAAGCCUUGUGAAUUCAUGGAAGAUGUCGCGAUAAAUCCGAAUUUGUAUCCAAGAAGUAGAAGCCAUGCACCUUCAAGAAAAAGUAGGAUGUUCUGA